UCCACUUCUGGCCAAAGCCUGCAGGAAAAGAGGCCUCAUGGGGUAUAGAAAGAGCCUGGGAAACAGAAGAUUGCAAAUGUGCCGUGCUAGAGCCAGAUAAGACUCCUCAGUUGGAUUGGGAUUAUAUGUGGAAAGUAAUGACUCAGGGUAUUUUAUAAUGAAAAAGGAGCUGCAGAGCAGCUAUUUAUAGAUGACCGCAGAAAAUAUGUGCAGAAAUUGCUUUUGGAUAUGGAAAAGGGGGAAAGUGGAGAAUGGAUUAUAGAAAUAGGCUAACCAGAUGUUUUUUUUUUCCCCACUCUCAGCUCAGACAAGAAUGUGAAAGAGCAUCCUUGGCUGUACCUGCAGACUUGUCCCUGACUCAAUCCAAGGCUGCGUGCCACAAUAAGAUUUCCAAGUGUUUUUCGGCUGAUGCUCUCUCUGACGUUUGUUGGCGUCUGAGAAGACGGCGAGGUUUUAUGCUGCGUUCCAUUUACCUCGGAAGUCGGAACUCGGACCUGGGAAUGACGUCACAGCCGAGUUAUCAGCGUUCCAGUUACAAAAGCUCUCUUCUACUGUUUACAACCGGGGCAGCCAUCUCGGAAUGUGAACUCGGGGGUGGUGAAGACUCUCCCACUUUCCCAGUGGGAAAUCCCACUUCGAUGGGGGCGUUCCAGUUGAAAAUUCCAACUGGGAACUGGGAAAUCCCCACUUCCGAGGAAAAAUGGAACGCGGCAUAGGACCUGGAGGACUUGUAGGUUUGUCUGCAAAGGGCAGCUCCUCCUCCUCUUCUUCCUCCUCCUCCUCCUCCUCCUCUGAAGGCUGUUUACGAAGAAAGCUGCUCUGACAAAAACAAGGGCUGGGGCUCCAUCGAGAAGAGCAGUGUGCCAGAUGCAUAGGCUCUUUCACCAUUUCUAGAAGCCAACUGUUUUUUGUUUUUUUUAGAGACAUAAAAAGGAACGCUCGUGAUGUUGUCGGUUAUCUCAUCCCGUCAGCUCUGCACAAUGUUCUUCUCGUUGCACGUAGUUUUCCUGAGUGUGGCCAUCGUGAAGAGCAGCGCUGCAAAUGGAGACCAACGAGGUUGCUUGAGAUCCAACGGCGUGGACUACAGAGGAGAAGUACAGAGCUCCUCCUCUGGCCUGACCUGUUUAAACUGGAUCAAUACUACAAGAGACUAUGACGUGGAAACCCACCCAGAUUCACAAACAGGUGCCGGAGAUCACAAUUACUGCCGAAACCCAGAUGCCUCUGACAGGCCUUGGUGCUACAUUGCUGGUCCAGAUGGGACGAUCCAGAGACAGCUAUGUGCAAUUGAGACAUGCAGAGAGGAAGCUUCUGCUGCGCCGGCUCAGGCUGAGCCCCUCGUCCCUACAGGAAGCCCCGCCGCCACGCAGAGCUUCCAGCCUGCCGGGUCAGGAGCUUCUCGGGGGGAUGCCGCCGCUGUGCAGCCCGUGAUGGGCAUCAGCCAGCGAGUGCGCACGGGUCCCAAAAAGAAAAAGGAUCUGGGAACUUUAGGCUAUGUCCUCGGCAUCCUCAUGAUGGCCAUUAUAAUCAUGCUUGGUGCGGGCAUCACGUUUGGAUACUUCUACAAGAGGGGUCGAGACUUGAAGAAGCAGCACGAGCAACGAGUGUACGAGCGGGAGAUGCAGAGGAUCACCUUGCCCCUGUCUGCCUUUUCCAAUCCCACGUGUGAGCUCAUAGACGAGAGCACCAUUGUGAUAGCGCCAGAGCAGGAGACCACUCCCGUCCAGGAGGGUGUGGACCCUCUGAUGGGUCAGCACGCUGGCACUCCUGGAGCAUGAGCAGGCAUGCCGUCCUGGAUCGGGGACUCUGAUGUCUUUUUUUUUGUGGACCAAAACACUCCCAUCUCCCCCAUUCUGUCGUCUUCUCCUCCCUGGGGACUCUCAUUUCUAAAGGGGUUGGGGAGCAGAGGCAGCUCCAAAGACUUCAACUAAACACUGUGUCCUAUGUGUGGCUUUUUCCUUUGUUUGUUUAAUUUUUUUUUUUUUAAUAUGUGGGGUCACAAAUAAGAUGAACUGACACACAAUGGACACAGUGGGAACAGCUGACGUAACGGUGUGAAUAUCCAGCCAGGGUGUGAUGAAACCAAGCCUUUAUGAGGAGAUGGUGUUGGGAACGGUCUUGAUUUCCCACAGGGGGUGUGGUCACCUUAUGGAUAAAGACUUUGAUUAGAGUGGCACACGGGCGGUGCCCAGACAGACAUGAGACAUGUUUGUACAGAGACUCCUUUGGCUCGGAGACGUGCUUUUGAGACUGACGUGUGUACAGAAAUAGUCCUCCUCCUUC